AUGUACAUUAGCGUUUACAUAAGGCUGCCACCCUGGCUGUCAACAAGUAACCUGGACAACCUUGCUGUCUACAGUAGCGACAAAACCUCUCUGCCUCCUCGUUACGGUUCAUUGAGGCUACCGGCCGACAGUCAAGCCGUCCGAUCCGCCUUGUCACCCGACAUGGCUGGUCUUUGUGGAAGCACUCCGAUCUCGCCAGCUCUACGACUCCACACUGGCUAUCCCACCUUUGGCGGGGCUCGUGGAGUCAGCUUCUCGGCUCACAGCACACCGUUGGCGGGGCAGAUGCGCAAGUCUGCCCCGGUCAAAAGUGGCGAGUCCCUCUUGCCUCUCGGCCUACCUCCGGCCGGAGGCCCUGGACUCGACAUGUACAGCAUCAGAGCUGGGCCCACGUCAAGGCUACUGGUGAGUAGCGACGGGUCGACACGAUACAGUGCGCCUGGGGAAGCACUGCCAGACGGCGGAAGUGAUGAGGCAAGAGGGAAAAGGGUCGGGUUGACGGUCGGUGAAAAGGGGAACUUGGCUGAUGUGUUGGGACUGAGUCCAGCCUCAGGGUCUGCAAGUGGUGGCGCCAACUACGGCAUAUACGUAAACGCCGAAGACCUGGUGGCCUACAAACAGGUAGCCACACCCACUGCAGUUACUGGAGCCAACCGGAAUUCGCGACCCACGAUUGUGUAA